AUGGAAAAUAUGUUAAGGGGUUUUGAAUCUGCAAAAAGGGAUAAAACAAAAAGGGCAAGGGAGUUGAAAGAUAAAAUCAUGAAGAUGACAGAAGUUGAGGGUUCAGAUUCAGACGAAGAAGAUAUUGAACUAGAAAUUGCGAGACGCGAAAGCAUGCGGCAGUUUGAUGAAGAUGCUUAUAGAAGGAGAGCUUUUCAUUAUGAAAGUGGUGGGAGUAGCCAUCAAGCUCGGAAAUUAGUCGUUCAUCGACCGUUCGUGAAAGAGAGAUUACCUUUUAGUGUGGUUGAGUCACCAUGGACAAAGUCAUUGUUCAGAACGGCCGCUGAAGUGGGAUCUAAUGUAUCACCACCUUUAGCAUAUAAGAUCUCUGAAAUAUAUUUGAAAAAUGAGUACAAAGAAAUGAAGAAAUAUAUUGCUUCAUUUGAGAGCAUGUGGAACGAAAGAGGAGUUACCAUUAUGUGUGAUGGAUGGAGCGGACCAACCAGAAUGAGUAUAAUUAAUUUUCUACUCUACUCUCCUCGUGGAACAGUGUUCCAUAAAUCCAUAGAUGCAAGUAAAGUUGAACGAAAAGAUGGAGAAUAUUACUUUAAGAUUAUGAAGGAGGUGGUUGAAGAAAUUGCUCCAAGCAAAAUUGUCCCAGUGGUAACUGAUAAUGAAACUGCUAUUAAAUCUAGUGGUAAAAAGUUGAUGGAGAAGUUUUCAAAUUUGUAUUGGAUAGCAUGCAGUGCACAUUGCAUUAAUUUAAUUUUAGAAGAUUUUGGAAAGAGGAAGAAUAUAAAGACCGUCAUUGAGCAAGGAAAAGUUAUAACCCAAUUUAUUUACAAUCAUAAUUUGGUGGUAAAUUACAUGAAGAAAUUAACUGAUGGUUGA